AUGGCUGAAGAGAACAGGAAACCAGCUGCUCUGCUAGACCAGCCUCUGAGUGAGAGAGACCAGGAACUCAUCACUUACGUCAAGCACAAGUUCACCACCGACUUCCGAAAAGGUGAUUGAGUGGGCCCCUACUAGUGGCUACUGUACAAUGUCACGUUACUUCAUCAAAAGCCCACUGGAGUGAAUGGACGAAAUUGGAGUUAAUGCAAUGAAUUACUACUGACUGUUACCACGUUGUGCUUUUGUGUUUUCCAAGAGCACAGUUACUUACCCGAGAAGGUUGUUACCCGCAGUGACACAGAGUAUGGCCUCAUCCAAAAUGAUCAGGCCAGGAAUAACUAUUACAGGAGACAGGGGCUGCUCGGGAAAGGCUUUUUCUCCCCUGUCAACAAGUAUGAAACACAAUACACUGAGUAUACCAAACAUUAGGAACACAUCCAUGAUGUGUGUGUGUGUGUGUGUGUGUGUGUGUGUGUGUAUACUCUAAACUUAAAGCAAUGCCUUGUCCCUUGGACAGACCAUACAAAACAGUGGGAAGGCUUUACUCGGACAACAUUGAUCUCUUCUCAUCCUGGCUCACAUCAGAGGAUCAAGAGUCACUGAAGGUGACACACACACACACACACACACACACAUCAAUGUGUUUUGUAUAGUUGUUUAAAAUGGCAGGUCCUCACUCGGAGUCAUUCUAUGGCAGACACAGUGGGACAAGAAGUUAGGAAAAAAUACAGUGUUCUCCAGCAAAUCCACUCAGGAGAAGGCUAAAAAGGUGAGAGAGGGGGAGGGGGGGGGGGGGGACUUACUGUAUAAUUAUGACAUACAUAAUUCAUUAUCAUGCAGUAAAUCCUUCUUCAUUAUCACAUUCAGGUAAUUGAUAUUUGAAUAGGAUAUAUUUCAACUGUCCCUAAAAUAUGUGUAUUUCUCCCAGGAGGAGAACGUCAGAGCCCUUCCAGUGGAGAGCCUGAAUGGCUUCAUCCAGCUGAAGCAGUACAUGAGAGAGAUGGCCUCCAUCAGACGUGCUCUCCACACUGGACGCCCUCUCAUAUAUUGCCUCAGGGACCAGGUAAAGCACUGCGGGAAAACAGAACUCAGUUUUUGUUUAGUAGAUAGCAUAGCCUGAUACGUUGUUUUACUUCGGAUGUGUAUACUUAAACGGCACCGGGAUUUUCAUCCUUUUUUAAAUUUCAUCCUUAAAGUUCUAUUCAUACUUCUUGGAAUGUACAGGAUGUUGGUCCGUUUCACUGUAACAUGAAGAAUUCGUGUUGUCUCCUCUUAUGUUCUCAUUGUAAAGGAUAAACAGUCAUCGCUAAUGAAGAAACCUGUGCCUCCCAAGACACCAUGUGACCGAGCCAUGGCAGGUUGUUCACCUAAAGCACAAUGCAGAAUGAAUUACCAAUGCUGUACUACUGACACAUUCUACUAUGUUCGCCCCAAUGCACAUCCUCCGAUCCUUCCGUCUCCUCAGCUGAUAAAGAGACUGUACCACCACUGCCCAUGUCCAUGAACCAACAGGCACUGGACCCAGAGGAAGAAGAGAACCUACAGUAUGUUGUGUACCGUCCCUGUCUAUUUCUGUGAUGUGCAAAUCAAGUUUUAAAAUCACACCCAAUACUGCUACAACGCAUAGAUUGCUGCAGUUUUAUCAAUCAUACUCCCACACGAUGCUGGAUUACUUAUUGAUAAGAAAAGGUCGUUCAUAGUUCUGUCUGCCACUUGCUGUAGUCCUUUACCCCUGCUUGACACGUUAUAUUUCCUGCGCUCUUCCUAGGAGGAUACAGUACAGGAAGCAGAAGCUGUUCUCAGAGAAACUCCAGUGGAUCUACAUGGUCCUGUGUGGCAUCUCUCACAUGCGAAACAGAGACCUGAAGACACUGGUGAGCCUAAGCUAGCACAGGUCACACGUCAUAUUGCAGAGUCUACCGGACCACCUCUAGGAUGGUGUUGAAGGGAUUUAAUAGUGAUAGAGAACCUUCCAGGUUCCUCUCAACAGCAGCUAUGUGAACAUCAUCAUGAAGGACACAGAGAAGACCAAGAUCCUCCUGAAGCAGUCACACGGCUACUACAACCCUCCGCUGAAUUACACCAGGCGGCUGGUGUCCCUGGCCCCCGAGGACUGUCACAGCAUCACCCGUGACGUGUGGGAGACCUUCAUCAGCCACCAGGACACCACAGGUGACGACACCACAGGUGACGACACCGCACUGACCUAGUCGAUUGGACAAUCUAUUGAGUGUCACCUGAAUUGCAAUAUUCAACUGUCAAACAACGAGUGUUGUGCACAGCUCACCCCGUGAUACAACUCUCUCUCUCUCUCGUGAAUCUCAGAGCCGUCGAAGUUAACCACCAUCCGAACCACAGGGUAAGAAAAUGGUGAACAAUCAAAAGAACACAGGACUGAUCGAUUCUCCCACACUGUAAUAAGUUGCUUGUCUAUAAAUCGCAGAUAUAAAUCUCUGCAGUCGGGGCCCAGGCGUAAGGUUGGCCAGAGAGAGCCAGACAGAGGUGAAGAAGUACCCCCAUGGCUGAUACUGCUGCUGGAUGAGAACAGUCAGUCUACAAAAUACUACACACACACAGGACUGAGAGUAGAGAUCACACACUCAAGCAGACCCAAGUACACACACAACAACAACAACAACAACAACAACAACGUUGCCAUCCAUGUGCCAUGUUGUUCCCACUUAGCAGACACAGCCAUUGUAACUCUUCAUUAUGUGAUUAUUUCCCUAUACGAAGGCGAAGGAAAUACAGGAAGCAAACACUAUCAAUGUUGCGACUCCAAGCGCAGCGUCAGUGGUGGUAUUGUGGGUUUUUGGACUCUGCCACACGGCAUGAAUUCCUGAAGGAUUGUGGGAUUGUGGGAUUGUAUACCUCACCAACUACAUUCCACCCUUGGCCAGACUGUGUUCAUGUGUUGCCAUUACAAAACGCAUCACUUCAGUACAAAUCGUUUGAAAUGGCAAAAUGAUAUGUUGUUCUAGCAAUGGCAAUGUAUUCUACAUAAGAUAAAUCAAUUCACUGUUGUGUAUACAGUAUAUCUCGUGUUUGCUUCUAUACUCACCUCAUUUUGUCUUUUCCGACAGCGUCCCUAGAGAAGAAAACAGUGAAGUGAGUUUAAAACAAAAUGGAUUGAUUUCCUAUAUAUGUACAAUUUAUUAUUUUUAUUCGCAUAGUUAAGAUGUAAAGAUAAAACGGGUAUUUUCAUUCCCUCCCCUAGGCCUAGAGCAGACCAGUCAGGCAUGCUGGAGGGAGCCAAGGCCCAAUACCGGGAUGUGAAGAAGGUUCUGGACAUCCAGAUGGAGUCCGGAGUGUUUCAAAAGAAAAAGUGAGGGAGGACAAGCGUCUAUCUACAUGUCGCAGUCAGACGGCGUUUUUGUAAAGGAUCGUUUGUUCUGGAUGAUCUACCUGUUAUUAUAAUAUAUGCCAUUUAGCAGACACUUUUAUCUUAAGCAAUUUACAGUCAUACAUACAUAUUACUUAUGGGUGGCCCUAGUGGGAAUCGAACCCACAACCUUUGGUAUUGCAAGCGCCAUGCUUGAUUGACUGAGCCACACAGGACCGCGCCUGUUGACGUAAAUCAUUAGAGGUGCAAUCUGUAUGUUCUCUGUCCCAUAUGGCAAUGACAGGAAGUAGAAACACAAUAAAUCUGAAAUUACAAAAAAAGUUGUUGGAUUUUGGCCUAGAUGCACUUCUAGGCCAAAGAACCCUCCUUCACCUCGGCUCCCAAAAAAACAAAAACGUAUGGAUUUAAAUUUCAUGACCAAACAUUUUUACUUUGUCAUCAAGAUGCCCUACAGUGACUCAUUGUAGUCCCAUGCUCUGUCCUCAGGAACCGCGAGGAGAGGAUGAGAACUCUUUUCAAUGCUCUAAUGGCCUCCAAGACCGACGCUGGUCUGUCCUCACUCCUUACCUCUCUGAAGAGUGAGUCGAAGGAGCCCAAAUCCACAACUGGUCUCUGGUAGGCCCCCUUCUCACCUCUCAUACAAAACAUCAUGUGGUGUAACUCAAUAGUUUCAAGUGGCUUUGAAACUCCUUGUCUGCUUUCCUUCAUGUUAGAAAGUUGAACAGAAUCAGAAAUGUGAAAAUAAUAAAUGUUAAUCAUAUGAAAAGGUUUGCGGCACUGCAGAGUGAGGCCACAGAACUUUCCGGAGACAGAGACUCCAAAUAUAACAGCAUACUUCAGAAGAUCUCAGAGUUUCAAAGCUUCUCCAACAAAAGGCUCCCCUACUCCAAGGUAUGGAACGUGACAGAACGCUCAGAUAGAAAUACAUAGUGUAGAACAGACCUCUCUGUCUUUGUCACAGAGAAUAGGCAAUCGUGUCGGCAUUUCUAUCUGCAACAUUCUGAAAGGUUCACCCUUCCUAGAAGACACAGAAACAUACUCAACCUGGAUCGUAUUCAUUAGGGCACACUAGCAAAACGUUCUGUAAUGGAAACUAUAAAACAAGCGGUUCUUACUGGACAAGAAGAACCCUGUUUCAGUCUGUUUUCUUCUGUUUGGUGCCUAACGAACAUGACCCCUGUCUCUCUCUGAAGGAGAAGUUCUGUCUCCUGGUCCUCUCCAUGUCACCCAAUCAGCUGCUUCGACCGGCCAUGCAGGAAGCACUGCUCUUCCUCACAGAGAACGUGCUGCUGUUGUUGCCGCGGCAACUCAAACAGUGGUACCAGUACCUGAAGCUGCCCUUCCUCACCACGGCAACCGCCUCCUAA